AUGACGUACGUUCAACUUGACGGAUAUCCAGUGGGCCCACUAGUAUUUUCUCUGCUUACUAUCCACAGUCCAAACGUGAGGCUGCCGGCUAUAGGUGAUGGCUAUCUGGGUUUGGGGCACCCAGAUGUUGAAAGGACUGUAACUGAUUUUAACAUUCUCAAUGUUAUGUCAGCAAAUCAGAUGAUAGACUACAAGAGAUUCACUCUAUUUUGUGUAUGUGCUGGUCAUCGGAACGAACUGGAACCUGACGCUCGUAUUGUGUUUGGGUCACAUAAUACAAUCAACCCAGGAGAGUUCCAGAUGGUGUCCGCAGAUGUUAGUCGCGCUUCAUGGAAGAUCCAAGUGUUGAGCCUCGGUACACCUGGACGGCGGAUUUCUUCGAGAUUGUCUAUCACGACGCUGGACAGCACCACCUGGUUAAGCAAAGCAAGUGUGGAUCGUGCAAGACGAAUUAACACCGCACUAGGAGCAACGGAAUCGGGAAAUUUGUACGUCGUCAACUGUAACCAGGUGGGACAGCUGCCAUCUCUUGUUAUCACUUUACAAGGGGUGGACCUGAAUCUUGCCCCCGAACAAUAUAUUCAAAGAGAGGAGGUGCAGGGACAGCAACGCUGUUUCAGCUCAAUCGUUCCAGAUCCAGCGAUAAGGACUGAGCGCAUGACACUGGGAAUGUCUUUCAUGCAGCACUUCAUAACUAUGUUUGAUCAACAAGAGAAACAAGUGGGAUUCAAACCGAGAGUCUGCUGA